ACCAACAUACAGUCCACAUUAGAAGAAAAAGCGAACCCAAAAAGUAAUUGAGCCACUUCUACGAAAAAGGAAUUUGGUCACAUCAAGCUGCACAUAACAGCGAUCCUGCUACAGCCACAGCCACACUAAUUCGUGCCACGAACCAGAAAAACACUGAUAACAUCAUCGUCCAACAAGCAGUUUCACCAGCUACUAGGAAACUAAGAGGAAACGAUGUCUCAAUUUGCCGCAAUGAGGAAAAGGGCCGAACAGCGCGCCCAUCGCUAUCCGCAACCAUGUCGCCUAUGCGACGCAAAUCAUCCGAUCAGGCUUAGCCCUUUGUAUCGUGCGAAGUCGCCAGAGGAAAGAUUGCGUGAGGCCUUACUAGGACGCUACUGCGCUAAUUGCCUCGCGAUGAAUCACGAAUUAAAAGACUGCGUGAGCGAAGGCAGAUGUAAACGAUGUGGCGAAAAGCACCACUCGACACUACAUUUCGAGGAUGAACCCAGCACAUCGAAAAAGUCAUGGGCCCAACAGGUGGAGGAGGAAGAAGAAAAUUCCGAUGGUGUAAUCUCGCUACUUGCGUCCGAUUCUGGAACGGAAACGCGGCCUUUCCGUCCAGAUACCGAAGAAGGUGCACUUUCAGGCGAUGUAGCGGAGACUCGGCCUCUCCGCGCAUUCGCAGAAGGGGGAUCGGAAACUAGGCCUUUUCGACCCCUAUUGCAGCACGAGCGGAACCGGUUACGUGGAGCGGAAACCAGGCCUUUCCGCCUGCGUAAUCCCAGACGCAAGUCCUCUCGACGCACACAAAAAGAAGGUAGACUGGCGACUCGGCCUCACCAGCUAUCGAAACGACGUACGUUCCGAAACGGAAUCUUGGGUCACCAUACCAUAGCUGCGCCAACACUUCAACCACUGAUCGCUAUCGCUCCGACUGCAGUCGUUAAAGUAGAAGCUGGAGGGCGCCUACAUUUGAUCCGCGCGCUUGUCGACGUAUGUUCCCCUCGAACUAUAAUAUCACUUGACUUAGCCCGAGAGUUGCGCCUGGACGAGACGCGCGUUAGGUUGUCUGUUAUGCUUACGGGGAAAAUAUGGGCAAAAUAA